UACCUUUGUGGUGGAACAUCAAGCGGCUGUACUACGACCGUGAGGGGCGUUUCAUCUCCAGCUCCGUUACAUUCGCAGGUGAAAUAGAUGACACGGGGUAUUCCCGCGGCGCCCUCCUCAGCGACACGGAGACGGACGUGCUGCUGUCGGCCGCCAUCAUCGCCCAACAGCUGCCCUUCGAUCCAAACGGCGUCUACUUCGUUCUCUCAGAUGAAACCGUCAAGGAGUCGUCGUACGAGGGAGCCGGGUUCUGCAUAAACUACUGCGGGUGGCACACGUACACUGACGUGGAGGGCAUGGGCCGCGUGGCCAAAGCCUGGUUGGGCAACGCUAUUUCCCAGUGCCCUGAUGGCUGCAUCAACAACCUCAUUUAUAACUCUCCCUCCUCGCCCAACCGGGACAAAGGCAUGGACGGGCUCCUCUCUGGUUUUGCACACGAGUUAGCAGAGGCGACUAGUAGUCCAAACCUGCAGACGUGGAUGGACGACAAUGGGAACGAGAACGCCGAUAAAUGCGGAUCGGGGUGA